CGUCGACCUCCCCCAGAUCAGUUUUGUGCUUAAUGUGCGCCAAAACGGUAAAAUCGUCAAACAAAAAAGAUAAGGGAUCGUCUAAUACGAAACGUACGCGGCGGAAAUUGCAAAUUAAGCCAAGUUCGCCGAUUGUCUCACCGGUUACAGACGAAACGCAAAACGAAGCGAAUGACGACGCUCGUUUUGACAGAAUCUCACGUGGAAAUCAGCUACUGAGCGAAGUUGCCAACCAGCAGAUCAUGGCACGAAUCCAUCAACAGGAGGCUAGAAAACAGCGUAGACGUUCCUUUAGUUCAUCUUCGCAGGUUUCCGUUAAGGAUUCUCUGUUCUCCAGUACUGACAAACUUACUCGAAUGGCAGACGAGUUGGCCAACAACUUAAAUCAAUCACCUCCUCGCAUUACCGAGAGUGUUAGUGCUCCAUCAUCUUCAAAAAGACCGUCAAAGAAGAAGAAGAAGAAAAAGCUUUUCACAGCGCCGUCCAUCUCAUUCCUUCUGGCAGAUGAAGAGGUUUCUUCCAAUGUUAAAACAAGUAACACUCGUUCGCGUUCGUUUGCUAAAGCUUCAACGAAAGAUGACGCUGUGAGUGCCGAAUUGGAAAGAAACUCAGAACUGGACGACACUAUGUCAGUCACCUCAGUUGCAUCAGCUGCCUCUAUGCCAGUAGUGCCGUUUACUCGCCGCCGGUCAUUUUCGCGAAUUCUUGAGGACGACCUCAGCGAUGAUGAUGACCAAGGGCUCAUCUAUUCCACGCCAAGUGAACAGCUUUCGCACGUUCAAGAAGUUUUAUCUUCGUAUGCGGUCGCCGAAGCAGAGGAAGAAGCUGCCAACGGCAACCUGAGCUCUGAAGGAUUGGACGAACCUCCUUUGGAAGAACAAGCCUUACAGUAUUCUGCUGAUGUCAUAGACGAGCUGGAUGAGGAGUCUGAUGAUCUUGCUUUUGCGGAAAUGGUUAAGCAAUCCGCCAUAUCCACUACUUUGAGUAAUCUGAGAGACGAUACAGCCCUUUCUGCGGAAGCUGACGGCUCAAACGAAACAAAUCCUCAAACGGCUGCAGAAAAUAAUACUACCGCAGAUUUGGAAGGCGUUGUUCCGGACAGCCAAAGGUCGCAAACUGAUCUCGACAAUGAGUCCACUGUGGAAACAGAGUCUGCUGACAUAAGUGGAAACCACAAGAAAAGGAAUCAAGCCGCCCGGCAUCCACGGAGUGAGGUUACGGUUGAGAUUGGUGAUCGAGUUGCCUCUAUGAAGGCUAGAAAAAGGAACGCUACCGUAAAGUUAGCGAUGGACAAAGAUGGAAGUGCAUCUGAUGGGUCCUUAUCCGAUCAACCGUUGUCUCAAAUUGUUUCCUCUUCUCAACAUGAUGCUACAAAAGAAGUAAAACUUAAAUCGCGCAAGGCGAAAAAUAGCGACAAACUUUCAUUGGAAGACCGUCUCGAAAUGGAACCCUUGUCUCAAAUCGUAAAGGAAUCGGCCUCACAGCUUGAGUCAAAUAUGGCUGCUGCUUUUGAAGCCGCCGGGUUUUCUUCUCAGCAAAAAGAAGAUCUUGCUUCGUUAAAGAUCUCGGAAUCACAGGACCAAGGGUUUCCAAAAUUAAAAGCCGUAACCAUUCCACGUCGUCGUAAGCGCAAACGUUUUUACGAUGAACGUAUCGCUGGCAUGACACCGGAAGAGCGCGAGACACAACAAAUCGACCCAACCGUCUUCAAAAUGGCCCAACUCUGUGAAGACAUUGGCAUUGGCCGACGGAGUCAACGAUUCCGUGAGCUGGAAAAACUUGAGCAAGAAGAACGCAUUCGUAAGCGUCGUGCGGCUGUUGCUAAACGCGAAGGAUCUGAAACGCCGGUUCUGUCACCACUGGCAACCAAGGCUCCUGAACCAUCCGUUGCAUUUGCGCAGGAGCCCGAAGAGGAAGUUGUUGGUACCAUUGAUGGAAUCGAUGAAGAUCAACAACCAGACCUUCAAUCGCAGGAGGAAAAGAAGCCCGUGAGACUUAGCAUCUUGGAUCAAAUGGUCGUAAAAAUGGAUUCGGAGAGGUCGUCUGGCGCUGGCGCUGCGACUGCUGUUCGCACAAGAGUAGUUGACGGAAAAAUUGUUCUGGACGAGACGUCUCUUGAGGUAGAUCGUCAUGCGAAUGAAGCACUUUCUACCGGAAGCUUGGAAGUGGUUGAGGAAAGCGCACUUACUCGCCGGGUCACUAGUGCUACUUGGGGCAGGAAACAAAAGUCCGAGAAAUGGGAUGCAGCAUCGACAGAGCAGUUUUACAAAGCCCUGUCACAAUGGGGAACAGAUUUUUCACUUAUUGCGAAUUUGUUUCCUGGUCGUACACGUCGACAGAUAAAAUUAAAGUUCAACAUUGAGGAACGGAGAAAUCCAAAACGCGUUAACUUCGUUUUGAAUAACCCUACUCCAGUUGACAUGGAGGAGUACACUGCUGUUUCCGGUAGAGUAUUCAGACCCGUUGAGGAUGUGGAGAGUGAACUGGCUAGCCUUCGUCAAGAAUUCAAGAUGGAACGCCAACGUGCUCAGGAAAUGGCAAAGCAGAAUCAAGCGAUUCUUGAGCAUGACACAAAGGUUGCAAAGACUUAUGUAAACUCUCAUGUGGACAAAAAACCAGCGGUAUCGAACGACGAAAAUGUCGAAGUUGUUGGUACAAUUGAAGCGUGAACAAAACAGGCAAGUGAUACUUCUUAUUCCUUAAAAAGCAAUCGGGUAUGGUCAGCUGUUUUGCUUCAUUUUCUAUGAAAAGGUUUACCUUUUUUCGCUUUCACCUACUCUCGCUCAUGACUCAUGAAAUCAGCUUGUUCUGCAAAAAUGGUCGUUUUUUAUGACACCAACCCAUCCACUUUUUCCCUUAUUUUGUACAUUCUCUUUCCAUUUGGUUGUUUUAUUUUUGUCUGGGCAUUGACCCUUUAUGUAAUAAUAGCAUACUGAAAAUAUUAAGCGAGAGAAGGAAGCAAGAGA